GGAGCCUCCAUCUUGAAAAGUUCCCGUUACUUUCGCUUUUGAAUUUAGCGAGUUAUGGCUCACAGAAGUUGGAAAUUUUUUUUUCGCUCACGAGUUGGAGCAGAACACUUGUAGUUUUUGGACCAGUGUGGAUGUACCGUGUGUUUUGGAUCGAAACGCUUUAUUGGAUUACAUUCUCUGGAUCGUAACGAACGAAAAGAGACCAAACACAACGUGAUUGAGCGCGAUUUGAAGCUCAGAAGUCGUCAAAAGAGGGACCACUGCAGGUUGGUGACUGGGUGUUCAUCAAAGUCAUAAAGCGCAAGAACUGGACCCCACCCCAAUGGGAGGCCCACACAGAGUGACGCUGACAACACCUACAGCCUGCAAAGUCAAAGGCAUCUCCCGGUGGAUACACAACACACUGCAAAAGACAACAGGUACAGGCAACCGAGUAGUAUUGUCCGUGAGAAAAAACCCAACUGAGGGAGGGGAAAAGUCUGCCUACAAAGGGGGUCAGCAGCAUUUAGAGCACUGGUCGUCUCAACGGCAGUGAAGAAACCAGCGGUACCUUCUCUCACUUAGGGGGACAUUCUCAUAAGGAGAUACUAUGAGGGGACACUGUCCAGCCAUGGGAGUUGUACUAACUGCCCUUGUACUGUUGAUUGAUGCUAGGACACUCCCUGACCUCAUCGAGGAUGAGGAGAGACCUCCUGACCAGUAUCACACUAACUUGUGGUAUCGUUACAUGAAGUUUCUUGCUAAACAGAGCACUCAUAACUUUACUGAAAGUGGCUGUUAUGUGUGUGGAAACAUGCCCAAAUCUGUUGCAAAACCCCGAUGUACAAAUUCAGCCUGUAGACCCACAGCGAGAGCAAUUAUAUCCAGACACUUUACGUUCACUGGUGUCACCUGAUGCUUUCUAUGCCUCUUUCCGAGGUCAAACGAAAGGACUAGUUCCACGUCCUCCACCAUACCAGGGUUGUAAUUAUACACGGUAUUUGAGUGCCAACUUCUCCACAGACAUCUUAUUUGAUCAUGUUCCUUUUCCUCCUCAGUUCAAGGGACACUGUUUCCAGAGCAGCAGCUUUUCUCUUUUAAAGAAUAAGGAUUUAGCCAUCUCAGUAGGGGAAGUUCCCCUGAAACACUGCCAGACUGUGAAGAUGCCUUGCACUCGCAGUGCCACCCAUUUCAACACUUCUGAGGCACCAAAGGGAGUUCAGUUUGUCCCUUAUUAUGAUGGUCCUGAUUUCAUGGGGACUCUUCCACAGUCUGAUAUCAAUUAUGUUUGUGGACACACAAUCUAUGUGCAUCUUCCACCCAAUUGGGUAGGACGCUGUGCCCCUGUUUAUGUUUCAGAUGGCUCCUACGUGAUAACACCACAGCAGAUGACUUCCAAGGGACGGCUACGGAAGCGAGAGAUUGAUCUGAAGGAAAGUGAUCAGAUCUGGGGAUCAGACGUCCCCAUGGACAAGAAGCUCUGGACUACAGGCCAGAAAGUGGCACUAUCCCUUUUUCCAUGGUUGGGGGUAGGAAAAAUCAUGCUAAGAGUUGAAACCAUAAAUUACCGCAUGACCCUGUUCUUCAAUGUCACGGUAACGGCCCUUGCCAGUAUAGAUCGUCGUCUCACCGCCCUAACACUCCGUGAGUUACAGGACCGCCUGGUGUUAGAUCUGCUCACUGCAAGCCAAGGUGGAGUGUGUGCAAUAGUGGGCCCCAAGUGCUGCACAUACAUUCCAGGAGACGACCAAGACGCAAAGGUCACCCAACAGGCACUCCGUGACCUACAGCACAUAUCCAAUGUGCAGGCGGCUGAUGUAGUGAAAGACAAAUCCUGGUUUGAUUGGUUUAGGUCUGGCACAUGGACUGACAUUCUGAUGAAGAUUUUUGGACCGAUUCUACUGAUUCUUUUGGUUCUGAUGCUGAUUGUGUUGUGCGUAAUUCCCUGUUUGAGGGCCAUGAUCAUCAGGAUGGUGAAUCAAGGCCUUCUUAGGGUGUGCGCAGUCAUGCACUCUCGGCAAAUACUCUAUACACCUUUGAAGCUCGAUAACUGUGAAGAGGAUCUCCACGAUUUCGACGGAAAUGGACGCUAAGCUGUACAUAUUGUGCUUCUGUGCUUUUGACCCUGCCUACGACGUUGCAACAUUUAUUUCAUGUUUUAUGAUGACUGCACUGAAAAUCGAAAGAAGUUGUGCUGUUCUGAUGUAUGCAUGAUUGUCUAAUAUAUGUUUCAAUGUUAAACAGGAGGGAAAUGUUGGAGAAAUACUGCAUUUAAUCAUUGAAACAUUGUUGGAAUUUAUUUUGCUGAUCUGCUAUAGCCUUGUUAGCUGUGCUAUAGCCUUGAAGUAUUCUCCCUUCUGCUCUGCAAGAAAUAGGAAGUACCAGUGUGUAGCAUCCUUAUCUGAUUUGCCCAAUGCUUGCUUUGUGCAGAGAAUAUUUCCUACGUACUGUGUGACUAUGCACCUCCCAGAAUGCAAUACAUAUUAUGAGCUGAAUCCCUGUCUUCUCUUCAGUGAGAGGAAGUUGCCUUUGCUGUAAACUGCUCACUCCUUGCAAGUAAAAUCCUGAAGAAGGUCUCAACUGA